AUUUAAAUAGUCGGGAGGGUGUUCCGGGGGCCAGCAUUUGGAGUCAUGCUUUGACUUUCUGCGUUGUUUGUCCCAUUUUCUGUCUCUCUUUUCUCAGCUUGGUUUUAAAUAUGCGGCUUUUAUUCAUCACCGUAAUUCUUUUGUUGGUUGCCUGUGCCGCAAAUGGAAAAGCUGUGCCUCCCCUCCCUGACUUUGGAGACAGUUAUCAUGUCAAAGGAGUGAUCUCUUUGCCCUAUGCUGAGAUCGUGGAGCCAUUUGAAGGCUGGUUUGACCUCUCAGCAAAGUCCAGCCGAAUUGAUUAUUAUCAUGGCCAGGUCUCUACCUACCAGUUGGCGUCUCAGCAGCAGUUUGGCGUUUCCUACAAAAUAACUCCUGAGACCACAGAGGUGGAGCAAAACGUCAUGAAGUGCUUUCAGAUUAACGGCACCAAGGAUGAGGUGGUCAAACCACAAGCAUCCCUACCAGAUGUGCAAGGCUUCCAGUUCCUGAGGAUGGAGUAUUAUGGCGGCUCCCUGUGUGAAGUCUGGCAGAAUGUGACCACCAUGGGUCACAAGAAGAACACCUACACGCUGUGGGUCAAGAAGGAGGAGGGAAGCUCCGCCGGACAGAAAACAACAUCUGUACCCCUGCACUAUGAGAUGAUGGGCUACAACACGCUGCUGGGUUCCCAUUAUGACAAGUACCUGGUGGACUACAAGGAGUUCAGCACCCGAUUUGACCCCAAAGUCUUCUCUCUGCCUGAAGGGAUGAGCUGUGGGGGGUUUCCUGGUCCGGGUGUGGAGCACCACCUGCUGGCUAAUCCAAUGAAAGAUCUCAUCCAUACCUCUGCUUCAGGUCACUCUCAGAAGGUCUUCCUUCAUUUCAAGGAGAAGUUCCAGCGUCAGUACGGCGACGACAGGGAGCACGAGAAGAGGGAGCAUGCUUUCCUUCACAACCUCAGAUAUGUCCACUCUAAGAACAGAGCCGGUCUGUCCUUCUCCUUGGCUCUAAACUCUCUAUCAGAUCGCACCUUGUCAGAGUUAGCAACCAUGAGGGGGAGAAAGCAAAGUAAGACCCUGAACAAUGGGCUACCGUUCCCAUCCAAGCUGUAUGAAGGAGUGAAAGUACCAGAGUCCCUCGACUGGAGGCUCUACGGUGCUGUGACUCCAGUGAAGGACCAAGCCAUCUGUGGCUCCUGCUGGAGCUUUGCCACCACUGGAGCAGUAGAGGGCGCUCUUUUCCUAAAGACUGGCUCCCUGCAGGUCCUGUCCCAGCAGAUGCUGGUAGACUGUUCCUGGGGCUUUGGCAACAACGGCUGCGACGGAGGAGAGGAAUGGAGGGCGUACGAGUGGAUUAUGAAACACGGAGGCAUCGCCACCACAGAAACAUACGGAGCAUAUAUGGGAAUGAAUGGAUUCUGCCAUCUGAACUCCUCCCAGCUCACCGCGCACAUCAAAAGCUACACCAACGUCACAUCAGGGGACGCCGACGCCCUCAAGGUGGCCCUCUUCAAGAAUGGGCCGGCGGCUGUCAGCAUCGACGCUUCACAUCGAUCGUUCGUCUUUUAUAGCCACGGCGUUUACUAUGAGCCAGCAUGCGGAAACACCACGGAUGACCUGGACCACGCUGUGCUCGCAGUGGGAUAUGGCGUUUUGAACGGAGAGCCAUACUGGCUGAUUAAGAACUCUUGGUCCACAUACUGGGGCAACGAUGGCUACAUCCUGAUGUCUAUGAAGGACAACAACUGCGGCGUCACUACAGACGCUACAUACGUCACACUGGCCUAAAUACAUACACUUUGAUGUUUAUGCUGCUGAGCUGAAGCCACUCUGUCAGUGCCUGAGUAACUCUUAUUGUUUGUGUGGCAAUGGAGCUCCUACAUCACUUUAAACUGCCUGGAAAAUAAUGUUUUGCACAAAAAAAAAUCAUUCUUUUUAUUUUGUUUUUCUUUCAAACAAGUUUAUUGCUGGAGCCACCAAGGCGCUAAGCCUUUAUUUCACAUACAAAGUUUGUUUAAUCACAUAUUCUAAGUUGAUCAUUAGAAAAAAACCUGUUGCAUUCAAAUACAUCUGACAAGAAAUCUGUACAAUAAAAAAGUCAAAUGUGA